GCCCGUGUCUCGCCCGCCGGCCCGGGUCGUCCUGAAAAAACUCGCUCCGCCGGCCGCCGGGGCUCCACGGCGCUGCCCAUGGCCAAGCCCGGGAGCCGACUUCGGGCGCCGGACCGGCUGGACUACCGCGACGAGGCUCAGUAAUCAGAAGCCUGCGGAUACCCAUGUGUCACUGAUCUGGAGACGCCCCCCUGCGGGCAGCGCUUCAUGACCCAGCGGCGCCCAGCCCAGUGAAGCCACCGUGGUGUCCGGCAUGGCCCCGCUGCUCCUGGGCACGGUGAUGCUGGUGGCCCAGCUCCAGCUAGUGCCUUCCCGCCCCGCGGUGGUGCCAGGGGACAAGCCGGGCCAGCCGGAGCUGGUGCGGAAAGCGGCGAGCCUCCAGGACGAGAUCCCGGGCGGCGUGGCCCCCAACGGCUCCGCCCAGCAGCUGCCGCAGACCAUUAUCAUCGGGGUGCGCAAGGGCGGUACCCGCGCGCUCUUGGAGAUGCUCAGCCUGCAUCCAGAUGUUGCGGCCGCCGAGAACGAGGUGCACUUCUUCGACUGGGAGGAGCACUACAGCCAAGGCCUGGGCUGGUACCUCAGCCAGAUGCCCUUCUCCGCCCCGCACCAGCUCACGGUGGAAAAGACCCCCGCGUACUUCACGUCGCCCAAAGUGCCUGAGCGCGUCCACGGCAUGAACCCGGCCAUCCGGCUGCUGCUUAUCCUGCGGGACCCGUCGGAGCGCGUGUUGUCCGACUACACCCAAGUGUUCUACAACCACGUGCAGAAGCGCAAGCCCUACCCGUCCAUCGAGGAGUUCCUGGUGCGCGACGGCCGCCUCAACGUGGACUACAAGGCUCUCAACCGCAGCCUGUACCACCUGCACAUGCAGAACUGGCUGCGUUUCUUCCCGCUGCGCCGCAUCCACAUCGUGGACGGCGACCGCCUCAUCAGGGACCCCUUCCCCGAGAUCCAGAGGGUGGAGCGGUUUCUGAGGCUGUCGCCGCAGAUCAACGCCUCCAAUUUCUACUUUAACAAGACCAAGGGCUUCUACUGCCUGCGGGACGGCGGCCGGGACCGCUGCUUACACGAGUCCAAAGGCCGGGCGCACCCCCAAGUGGACCCCAGACUCCUCAAUAAACUGCACGAAUAUUUUCAUGAGCCAAAUAAGAAAUUCUUUGAGCUUGUCGGCAGAACAUUUGACUGGCACUGAUUUUUUUUUUUUUUUUUGCGAUAAGCUAGGCUCGGAACCUUUCCUAUUGUAAGUUCUGGUGUACAUCUGGGGUGGGGGAAAGAAUUUUAAAAGGGCAUUUAAGUAUAAUUUAUUUGUAAGAUCCAUAAAUUACUUCUGUACAGUAUUAGAUUCACAAUUGCCAUAUAUACUAGUUAUAUUUUUCUACUUGUUAAAUCGAGGGCAUUUUGUAUUGUUUUUCAUGGUUGUUAACAUGUGUAAUAUGUCUCUAUAUGAAGGAACUAAAAUAUUUAACUGCAAAAAAAAAGAAAAAAAAGAAAUUCUGGAGAUGCAGUCUUUUUUGAAUAUAAUUAACUUGCCCCCAACUCCAAAUAGUUGUGUGUGUUCAUUCAUCGCAUAUAUUUCUUUGUUACUCUUAAAAAAAAAUGUUUUUCAUAGUUAUUACCUUCCUCUCCCCUUCUCUUCUUUGCUCAUUGUCUUUUUAAUGUCUCCCUGAGGUCAUCAGAUUUAUUUUUUACUUACAUUGUGAGAUUUCUCUUCAUUGAGAUGCCCUGUUAUUGUUGGAGGUGACAUUUUCACCCAUUUCCAGCUUUAGCAGGUACCUGAGUGUGGAUUCUAACUCCAUGUAAACUCCAAGAGGACAAAGCAAUUAAGCUGGAGAAGUUAGCUGCUAACCAGCAAGAGGCUUGCCUCAAAGAGUGCUUACACUUCCUUCUGAUUGCAGCAAUAGAUGAAACAACAAUAAAGGAAAUUAAACCUGGCUUUCAGAAUGCUAUUGGGGCUGUGUACUUUGCCCCAGGUGGCAAUGGGUCUCCGGAAAGUCACUUAGAAUAGAAAAGAGGAAUUGCAGAAUGUAUGCAUGUCCUCAUCUGUGAAAAGCUGACUAAAGGGAUAACCGGUUGCUUGGGCUGGGAGUGUAUUAAUCUAUUUCCUGAAAGAUCAAUAUGCACUUAUAGACAUAUAUUCCAUAUGCUUUGAGACCUGGGCAUGUACAUGUUUAAACAUCAGCUCCAAAUUUAGAGUUCUGAAUGUGAAAGGAAAUUUAAAUUCCCAAGGGUUGAAAUUGAAAAGAGAAAAGUUCAAAGCGGUGGCAGAAAUAGGUUUGGAACCCCUUGCACCUGCCUCAGAGGCAAGGGGCCCAAUUUCAGUUUCACUUCUGCCCUGAACAACUGGGUUGUUAGGAAUGAUCAAAUAAACCCCUCUGAGCCUCAGUUUUCUCAUGUGUUCUUCGUUCAGUCAGUCUCAUUCAGAAUUAAAUAAAUCAGACUUUUUUUUCCUUA